UCAACAUCCAUGCGCACUGCGCAUGACGCAUUGCGCACCGCCCGCAGGAUUCAAUAUAGGUUCCCUCCAGCUGCCACAUGGUGAAUGUUUAGAUGAAGAAAAUGCACCUCGCCCUGGCUGUAGGUAACUGGUACUUCUUCGCAUCCUCUAAAUGCAGCAUAAACCUGCUGCAUCGUGACGGUGUGCCUCACAGCUGGGCUGUGGAAUGAUUUGGAAUAGUGAUCAUUGUUGGAACUGCUUCACCCACAUUGAAAUACAUCCCUGAGGGCACCAUUCUACUCUGGGAAGAAGCCGGGAAGAAGUUUACUAUACUGUCUGUCUGCGUACUGUAUAGACUCAAACAGCAUGGGGGACUUCCAGCAGUUUGAGCAGGACUUCUACCAGACAGGAUAUUACGUAGAUGACCAGGGCCACACCGUGGCUUACUGCGAUGGCUACGAUUCCACAGACCCUGCUUAUUACGGCACUGGAGCACAGGCUUUCGUGUCGGGGGCUCUGGAUCCUUCCAUAGAGCAGCAGUACACUGGACAGUUCUUCCAACCUGCAAUGCCUUCUGGGACUGUGGGAGGCACAGGAAUAGAUUCUCCUGACGAGGAACCUCCCCUUCUCGAGGAACUUGGCAUCAAUUUUGAUCACAUCUGGCAGAAGACACUGACAGUGUUGAACCCCUUUAAGCCAGCAGAUGGCAGCAUUAUGAAUGAGACGGAUCUGACCGGUCCGAUCCUCUUCUGCGUUGCACUGGGGGUCACUCUAAUGAUGGCAGGUAAAGUCCACUUUGGUUAUGUGUACGGGAUCAGUGCUGCAGCCUGUAUUGGGAUGUACAUCCUGCUGAGUCUCAUGAGCUCCCUGGCAGUGUCUUAUGGCUGUGUGGCCAGUGUCCUGGGCUACUGCCUCCUGCCCAUGGUGGCCCUCUCUGCAUUUGCUGUCUUCUACUCUUUGCAAGGCGUCCUGGGUACACUUCUGGCCUUGCUAGGAAUUUGUUGGUGCAGUCUCUCUGCCUCCAAGAUCUUCAUCUCCACCCUGGCGAUGGAUGGCCAGCAGCUGUUGGUGGCUUACCCAUGUGCCCUGCUCUAUGGGCUCUUUGCACUGCUCACUGUUUUCUAAUUAUCACCAGAUUAAACGCAGAGGGAAAAUAUGUAUUGUUCCAAAAACCAUUUUUUUUUUUGGGGGUUUUUUUUACCAACUAAAUUUAGCGAAUGUUUUUCACCCAUGUCUAUUGGUCAGCUUGGAUUAAGUACUCAAGGUGGAUGAUUGCAUAACAGAGCUUCAGCUCCAGGCUGAAUGCUUUAUAUUCCUCAACUGUAUGUUUUAUUUUCAUUUUGUUUUAUUUAAUCAAAGUUAUAUUUAAUAUUUACAUGGUAGAUAUUUUAUGGAGACAUGUGUAUUCUGUCUUUAAUGAUUUUGAUGAAUAAAUAUUGAUGAUGUGAUAAGUGUAUCUCACAUCAUGUCCUGGUGUCAACUUUCAAAUUUC